AUGAACUUUGAAGAUAUUGUCGAUAUGGAAUGGGUGGACAGUCAUACCACUCUGGAUGAAACAAAUGAAUUCGCUGGUGAUUAUUACUUUGAUCAUCAACCUGAUUUCCUAUUGGAACAACCUGUAACACCACCUCAACCAGCACAGGAAUCCAUGAUGGAACCUGAAAUCAAAAUGGAGCCUAUUGCCAACAUGCCUACCACAGAGCAAAUUAAACAGCUGAUCGAAAUUGCAAAGCAUCAACUCGCUUUACGCGAACAGCUACAACAGGCCCAGGCACAAGCCCAGCUACAAUCAGAGCCAUCUACGCAGCAACAAACACAGCAGCAGCAACCAGACCAACCUUUAUUCCAAUCACUGUCUGCACAGCAAUCUGAUAUUCAAACUGCUGCGCCUUCCACCAUCUUUGCUCCUCCUCCUCCUCCUGUUGUAGUAGCUCCCACCUCUACAACAACACCUGCUAUGCCUGCUCUAUCUCCCAAUACGAUUACAUCUACGGACAUGACGCUUGCUCCACCUUCCACAGUCAUGAUGGAUAGCAUCACUGAAGAUGCUGCUCAAGCGCAGUCCUUAUCAGUAGAUAACAACAACAACAACAACAACAACAAAGCUAGAAGAGACUCGCUGGCAUCCAUGACAGAAGAAUCCAUCUCUCUGGAGGCUUAUGCUGAGGCAGAUGGUAUUGAUCUCAAGAAAUUAACACCCAAAGAGCGUCGCCAAUUGCGCAAUAAGAUCUCGGCUAGAAAUUUCAGAGUGAGAAGAAAGGAAUACAUUUCUACAUUGGAAGGUCAAGUCAAUGAACACAAGCUGGUAGCUGAGGGCUUGAGAGAGAAGCUCGUCAAAGUAGAGGAAGAGAACAAGAAGCUGCGUAAAGAGAUGGAUACACUGAAGCGACAAAACCAAAUAUUACAGCAACAACAACAACAACAACAACAACAGCAAAAGAAUCCUGCAUCACCACGUAUUUCAUCUCCUUUACCCAAACCCAACUUGAACAAGGACAUCAGUAUCAUGGGCACCAAGGCAUCGGAUUCUUAUCGUCAACAAGACAACUGUAUACUUGUUUCAAACGCUGUGAUGCCUGUGUGGGACUACAAUGCCAUCCUUUUACAAGAUCUCCACCAAAAGCCAUCGCAUGCUACUGGCCCAGACUAUAGCUACAUGAACCAUCUUGUGGGUCAAUUUCUCUUAUCGGUUGUACAACUCGCAAGCACCAUGCCUUGUAGAACCAAUCAAAUGAGUAGUGGUAGUGAAUACUACAAACCCCUUUUGCCUGAUGAUCGUGAUUUCACUUCAUCCACUAGGGGUCUGGAAAAGGAAUCCUACAACGCAACAACAGCAGCAGCAUCAUCAUCUUCACCAUCUUCAUCCACAGCAUCCACAUCCACAUUUAAUACUACUACAACUAUUGCAUUCUCCAACUCAUCUAGCUCCUCCUCCUCUUCAUCCUCAUCUCUUACUUCUUCUUCUUCUUCUACCUCUGCUGCAUCUUACAACAUGGAGGACCUGUAUGAUAUCUUAAUUCAAUCAGCUUUGAUUAACAGUGCAACUGCUGACAAGUCAUUUUUGUGGUGUGAUAAUAAUGCUACUUUUACUACUCAACAUUAA